AUGUGCAGAAGGGUCGUACAGUUUGAACAGCUGGUGGCAGUGGAGGAGGCAGCCAGAAGAAACAGAGGACUGAGUUCUAGACCCAGAAGGGCCAGAGAGGCAAAAGUGUUAUUUGAUUCAGACGCUAUGACACCAUUCAUUUCUACGUCUCUUGCACGUGCAUUGAGUUUGGAAGUCUCUCCAAUGAGUAUAGCCCUAAAGGUUGAUUUAUAUGUCUUGGACUUCAAGGAUUUUGAUGUGAUCCUUGGAGUGGAUUGGUUAACGAAGCAUCGUGCGAUGUUGGAUUUUUUGGAGAGGAAUGUCACUCUUAAUGAUUGUAAGGUCGUGAGUUUGACAACUUCGGCGCCUAGAGGUGAUGUGGCUACUUCAAUACUUGUAGUAGAGGAGUACAUGGAUGUAUUUCCAGAGAAGUUACCCGGAUUACCACCGAAAAGAGAGAUUGAUUUUGCCAUUGAAUUGCAUCCAAAUGUUAAGCCAAUUUCAAUUCCACCAUACCCAAUGGCUCCGACAGAAUUGAAGGAUUUAAUGACUCAGUUGGAAGAGUUACAAGACUUGGAGUUCAUUAGACCGAGAUAUCACCAGUUGAGGAUUAGAGAUGAGGAUAUUUCGAAGACAACAUUUAGGACACGAUAUAGGCACUAUGAGUUUUUAAGGGUCUUUCGUCCAUUUUUGGAUCUAUUUGUGGUUGUGUUCAUUGAUGAUAUUUUGAUUUAUUCUUCGACGGUAGAGGAGCAUAUGGAACACUUGAAACUAGUAUUGCAAACGUUGAGGGAUAAUCAGUUAUAUGCUAAGUUGAGCAAAUGUGACUUUUGGGCCAUAGAGGUAAAAUUCCUAGGUCAUGUGAUCAAGCAAGAGGGCAUUGCGAUAGAUUACUCUAAGGUUGAAUUCGCGUUGAAUUGGGAGAGGCCUAAGAAUGUUAUGGAGAUUAGGAGGAUUAGCAGGGAUUUUAAGGAGUUGAAAGGUAGAUUGACAUCUCCACCAGUGUUAGUGGUUCUGAAGAGGAGUGCAAGAUACCAAGUGUAUUGCGAUGCUUUCGGGGAGAUAGUGUGGCUCCACGGAGUGCCACUAUCUAUUGUGUCGAAUCGAGACCCGCGAUUCACCGGUAGGUCACCCUUGUGUUGGGUGAAGGUUAGGGAGAAAAUAGUAUCAGGACCCAAAAUGGUGAAAGAGAAGAGAGAUGGAAUUGAGAAGAUUAAAAAAAUAGGUUGCUCAUGGCUCAAAAUAGGCAAAAGUCCUAUGCGGACAGAAGGAGGAGGCCAUUGGAAUUUGAGUGGAGGAAGAUGGAAGUACACCCUUCAACCGAUAAGGAUUUUGGAUCGAAAGGACAAGGUCACACGAUCAAGUGUGAUGCCAUUGAUUAAAGUUUUGUGGAUGUAUCACGACAUAGAAGAAGCAACUUGGGAGCAUGAGUCGAAGAUAAAGGAGAACUAUCCACAUUUGUUCGUAAGUCAAGAUUUGGUGAAGAUUAAUCGUAGGGUUUUAUGGUUACAAACUUGGUUAGGUGAGGUUCAAGUACUUGGAAAGUCUUGGGUUAAGAAAAGGUUGAUUGUGGUCGGAGAAUUCAAGGUCGAGUAUUAG